AUGAGGUCCCAGUGGGAUAUCUCUUCCGUUAACCCGCGCCUUCGGAAGAUGCUGCCCGUUCACAGCUGGGCCCUCAUUUUCCCUCUCCCCCUGCUUCUGGUCGUUGCCCCCUCCUCUGGGUUUUUUGGCUGGCUCACCCAAAAGGCCUCCCCAACUCCCGCUCCCAAUCCUGAGCCCGCAGCUGCUGCCCUAGACCCAGCCGGCCUCGCAAAAGUGCCUUUCGAGAUGGAUACGGCUGAUGAGCGCUUCCUCGCUGAAGCUCAAGCAGUGGAUCGGUCCCUUCUGGAUUCCUGCCAUCACAAGGUCAUUUCACAACUACGCUCCACUUGCACCGAUCUCACGGAAGAGGAACUGGCCAAGCUGGGAGUGGCACUCUUCAACUGCCAGGCCAGUGCCGAAGGUCGGAGGAUUUACCUGUGCACUCAGGACAUGGCCCUGGCGGAGUGCACAUCCGGGAUGGAUCCGGAUACCUGGAACGCUUAUCACAUCGUCAGCAACCGAGCCCGGGCCGUCUGCUACGCCACCCGCCAGAUGCAGUUCAAGCGCCGGGCGGAGCAUACAGUGAACACCCUGGUCUCCACCGCAGUCGGCCAGCUGGAGGCGAUGAAAACGCUCAAGAGGAGCCAGGAGGAGCUGAAGCUGCUCACCUCGGAGUCCCUGCAACGCGUCGUUAGCGCCCAGGAGGAGCUGCUCACCCGGCAAGAGACGCUGCGAGACGGCCAGGCGCAGAUGGAGGACUCCCUGUCCAGCAACCUGGAGCACCUGGUGCAGGAGAAGGCCCUGAUUGCCAGCGGGCAGCAGCAGGUGGCCGAUCUGCUGGAGGGCAUCACGCGCAGGAUGGAAAAUGUCAGCAGUCAUCUGAACCAGCAGGAUGUGGAGCUUCAAGAAGGGCACCAGUCCAUCCUGAGGGACCUGGGUCAAGUCCAAAAACGGGCUCAAGACGUCUACUCCAAAAUAGAUACUAACGCGGGCUUGUUCCUGGCCUAUCAGAAACAAACCGCCUUGUACCAUGAUGAGUUACUGGAGAAACUGAGGAAGAUGAACGAGACUUUUGGGCUGGUCCUUCAAACCAUGGAGAAGAUGGAGACCAAGGUGGAAGGGCGUUUACAACACAUCCAAAGAUUCAUAACCUGGGCAGGGUUCAGCUUGAGCGCUGUCUGUACCUGUCUCCUGCACCUGGUCUACUUCCUCCUGGCUGCCCUCCUCAUGACUUUCCUGCAGGUCCCUGGGGCCUCCCGUGCCUUUCUGCUGGUCGUGGUGGUGGCGAACGCCCUCUCGGAGCUCCACCACACUGUCUCCUUGGGGUUCAAGUCACUCACCAGCCUCUUGGCGUUGUCCGUGGCAGUCAACCUACUCCUAGAAAGAAUCUGCCGCCAUGCGCUGAAAGACAGGCAACGGAGACCCCUCCGGGCGCUUCCCCACAAGGCUCCAGAGACCCCCGCUUGCAAAGGGGGGCUUAAGCCAGCCAAGCGCUGCCGAGUUACCUCCACUCCGGAUAGAGAAGAUGAGGUGGGCCUCCUGGAUGAACUGGAGAAGCUGGAAGAGGUGAGCUACCUGUCAGAUGGGUUCCCUCUGAAAAAAGACGACCUGCCCAAAGACGGGCACCUCCUUACUUCCACCCAGGGAAGCGGACAGGAGACCAGAGCACCCGGCCUCUCCUCCCCUGGCUCGGCUUUGCGCCGUCUGAAUUUGAGCCGUGGCAACAAACCAGAGGCCACCUUGGAGAAACUAUCCAGGCCUCACCUGGGAUCAGUGUUCAGCUCAUUCACCAACCCACAAGUCUCCUUGGUAAACGAUUCCUUGCUCAGCGACGUGUCCAGCUGCUCAGCUUCUCCUAGGCCUUUCUGCCAAGGGGUCACCAGGAGUGGUCACCCAUGCCGGAAAAAAGCCCUCACCGACCACCUCUUCUGCCACUUACACGUGGCCGGACAGAGCCACCUGGCUUGA